UUGAAAGAAUCUGAUCACGGCGAUACUGAAGCUGCCGACGGUGCUGCUGCUACUGCUGCUGCUGCUGGUGCUACUGCUGCUUCUACUGCUGCUGAUACUGCAUCUACCGCUUCUUCUACCGUUGCUAUUGCUACCACAGGGGAUGUGAAAAAAAUUUCAACGUUUGGUGCGCUCAAGGAAGAACUUUGUCGCCGUACUUUGGCCGCUGAGGAUUCAGCACCACUGUCAUCUUUUAAUUUUCAUGAAAACGACAAACUGAUGGUACUUGGAAGGCCACCGUCAACGCAGACGGACGCCGGUUGGAAGCAACUGUUGGAAUUUGAACGGAAGCACAUUGAUAAAAUACAGCAAACUUAUAAUUUGAAUAAUGUUGACUUAACCGAAUUAGAGAAGAAUUUCACAAAUGGUAGGUGAUU